GACUGUGGACUGUGGACUGUGGACUGUAGAUGUAGGUAUCCAUGAUGAGUUGGGUACUUACCGAGAUAGUCGUUCCUGUGGGGAAUGUUCGUAAGUCCACUGGUGGCAAGGCUCCCCGUAAGCAGCUCGCUUCCAAGGCUGCCCGCAAGGCCGCUCCCUCCACCGGCGGUGUCAAGAAGCCUCACCGUUACAAGCCCGGUACCGUCGCUCUCCGUGAGAUCCGUCGCUACCAGAAGAGCACUGAGCUCCUCAUCCGCAAGCUCCCCUUCCAGCGUCUGGUCCGUGAAAUCGCCCAGGAUUUCAAGUCCGACCUCCGCUUCCAGUCCUCUGCCAUCGGUGCUCUCCAGGAGUCCGUUGAGGCCUACCUCGUCUCCCUCUUCGAGGACACCAACCUGUGCGCCAUCCACGCCAAGCGUGUCACCAUCCAGUCCAAGGACAUCCAGCUUGCCCGCCGUCUCCGCGGUGAGCGCUCCUAGAUUCAUUUGAUCUUCGAAUGAGUCUAUCUCUGCAACUGGUUGGCUCUUUUAUGGGAUGGCGAUAACGGGGUUUCUUUGCUUUGCUUUUUCAUGACUACUGGCGAUACAUGAUGGGUUUUCUUUUGCGAAUUUCACAACGGGUCUCUCGGCAAAUGGGUUUUGUGAUUUCUCUUGCUGCUACGCAAUAAAUAGUAAGGCUGCCGAAUGUUUCUUCGAGCGGCUCUGGGUGGAUCGAUGAUCAUGGCGAUGCAUCCGUCCGAAUAUGUACAUUACAGAUGAUUUGAUUCGAGAGGUGGCUUCCACUGGAAGCGCCACGUCGGAUGGCAUAGACCGCGAAAUGCAGUAUCUAUGACGAUGCAAUCCAAUCCAGCUUUGUGAUUCGCCUAGUGAUGAUGUUCUAUCUCUUCAGCGGUAGACGAAGUCCUGGUCCGAUGACAGAUGCUUUGUAGUCUGGUGCCUU